AUGAGGAGGAGGUUCGGGUGGAAGCAGCUGGGUCGGGCCAUCAAACAUGUCAAGGAUUCCAUUUUCACCCCGGAGGGUGGAGCUAGAAGAGGCGUUCCUAAAGUCCUGGUUGUUCUCACUGACGGACGUUCACAAGACGAUGUCAACAAAGUGUCCAAGGAGAUGCAGAUGGAUGGCUAUAUCAUCUUUGCCAUUGGCUUUGCCGACGCGGACUACGGAGAGCUAGUGAAUAUUGCCAGCAAGCCCAGCGAUAGACACGUCUUCUUUGUGGAUGAUUUGGAUGCCGUGAAGAAAAUAGAAGAGCAGCUCAUUACUUUUGUCUGUGAGGCUGCUACCGCCACUUGUCCGUCUGUGUUGAUGAGUGGUAACACAGUGGCAGGUUUCCGUAUGAUGGAGAAGUUCGGCCUGGUAGAGAAGGAGUACAGCACCAUACCUGGAGUCUCUCUGGAGCCGGGCUCGUUCAACACCUUCCCAUGUUACAGACUACACCGAGACGCAAUGGUGUCGCAGCCCACCAA